AUGAUAAAUUAAUAGAAUGUUAAUCUAUAAAGCAAUGUUAAGAUUCAAUCCAUAUUAGGCUUCAUACCAGCUCUGGUGUUUUAGCAUAUACUUGAAAAUCAGAUUAAGGGAAUUAAACAACACGUCCCAGAAAUCCAGUCAUUCAAGAGUGUCAUCAUGUUCGCAGAUAUCUGUGGAUUCACUAACUUGACAGAACAACUUUCUAAAAUAGGUCCGGAGGGAUCAGAAGUGAUAGCAUUUGCAAUCAAUAGAUAUAUGGAAUUACUGAUAAAAUCAAUCUCCAAAAGUGGAGGUGACAUUUUCAAAUUUGCAGGCGAUGCCAUUAUAGUAGUAUGGCCACCUCCUACAGGAUCAAAUGAUAAAGACGAAUAACUCAAAGUCCUGCUGCGAUAAGGAAUAUAAAGUGCCUUAGACAUUUAGGCUAAAUUAAAUGAUACCUUCAUCUUAGAGAAUAUAAAAUUAUCGGUCAAAAUAGGUUUUGGAGUAGGAGAUAUCAACAUUUUAUAUGUAGGGGGAGUGUUCAACAGGAACGAAUUUCUAGCAACAGGUUAGGCUCUGAUCUAGGCUUUCGAGAGCGAACAUUGUGCCACUAAAGGAGGCUAAGUAAUAAUAUCUAAGGAUGUAUUCGAUAUGGUGGGAUAGUACUAUAAUUGUCUAAAAGUGGAGGAUCGUUAGUCUUACUUUGUGAAUUUCAAUAAGGGGGCUAAAGUAUAGAAUAUUUCAAAUGCUCUCUUAAUUAAGAGUAACAUUAGUGCUCAAUCCUUCGAAUCAAUAAAGAGUCAAUUAAUAAGAUAUAUUCCUGCUGCCUUAUAGUAAUACAUCUAUGUAAGUAUGCGUAUAAAUUUAGGUAGAUUAGGAAAAGUGGAGUUCUGAAUUAAGGAUAUUAACAAUAAUGUUUAUUAAUUUGAGUAUUGAUUUGUCAGCAGCUCUCACUUCUAAUGGGUUAAGUCAUAUUUAAUAAGUUGUAGAAGCUGUAUAAAAAUCAAUAUAUGCAUUCUAAGGAUCUCUCAAUAAAAUCUUAAUGGAUGAUAAGGGAUCAACAUUGAUAGUAGUAUUUGGUCUACCUCCUAUGGCUAAAUAGGAUGAUCCUGCUAGAGCUGUGAUGACUGCUAUUACGAUGAAAUAGGAAUUAGAUGCAAUCAAUUGUGGAUGUAAAAUUGGCAUAUCAACUGGAUGCACUUUUGCUGGUGUAGUCGGAACUAGUGGUUCUAGAAGAGAGUAUUAAAAAUAUCAAUUUUAUCUAUAGAUACUCAGUUAUUGGAGAUGCUGUUAAUCUUGCAGCUAGACUCAUGCAAAUUGCAUGUAAAGAUGAUCAACAUUCCAUUUUACUUGAUGUUGAAACAUCAAAGGAAGCUUCAUAUAAGAUGAAUAUUUCUUUUUAUAAAUCAGUUAUGGUAAAAGGAAAAGCAGACUAAGUCAAUAUCUAUUACCCAGAAGUCAAUCUGGAGUUGAAUAAAAUUAGAAUUCAUAACCCUUUCUUUCCAAGACUUCUCGAUAAUUAUUUAUUUGAUAUUAGCAAUCUAAGAUAAAUCUAGAGAAGAAUUCAAUAAUUUCAACUUCAAAACGAAUCUAAUGUGCUACUGAAAAUUUCUGGAAAUUAAGGAUCUGGGAAAUCCUAUUCUGUUAAAUAAAGCAUAGAUUUAUUCUAGGAGAAUUUUAACUUUGUAUAGAUUAGAUUAUGUUCCUUUUUACAGAAGGAACAACAAUAUUUGUACGCUAUCAAAAUUAUAUUCCAACACUUCCUUAAGUAAAUUGCCAUCAAAUAAAAUAAAGCUUAUGACAUUUAGUUAUUCAAUGAAAUUUUUAAUUAAUAAUAUGAUCAGCUCAUAUAACUAUUUGACUUUCAACCUAUUAGUUAAAUCGAACUAUUUGACAAGCAAUUUAAAAAUAACAACAAUUCUUAAGAAAUCUUAGAUAUUCAACUAGUCAAAGAAGGUAUAGAUGUAUUAUUCAAGAAAUUUCAAUCUAUCACCAACCAUCAUAAGUAAAUCUUUGUUUUAGAUGAUGGUCAUAACAUAGAUGAAGAUACCCUAAAGAUCAUAAGACAUUUUAUGAAACACAAUUAAUUUAUCUUGCUCAUAUUUAUAUUCAGACAUGAUUACUUUGAGUAAUUCUAAUUUCAAGAAUAACAUCAGACUCAAAUUCAAAUGAUUGAAGAUGGAUUAGAAUCUAUAACAUCAAAAUUAAAUGACAUCAGCAAUUUUGAACACAUAAGUUUCAACAAUAUUUCAUUAUAUGACUAUUAGGUUUUGUUAGCUGAUUUAUUUCGUAUCAAUAAGAUUAGAUGUUCAAAGAAUCAAGAGUCAUCCAAUUCAAUAGACAAAAACAUUUUGCAUUAUGAAUACAUCAAAAAUUAAUUAAUACAAUCAAAUACCCAAGAAUUUUUCUUAUAAACCAUCUAUCGAAAAACCCAAGGCAACCCUCUCACCUUCAUUACUCUAGUAUAAAUUUAUUAAUUAUUAGAUUGAAAAAUUGUUGAGGUGCAAUUACUUGGUUGCCGAUAAUUAAUAAUAAGAUGUAGUUAUAGUAAAUGACUCUCUAUUAAACAUAUUGAAUCUAGAUGAGUUUAUUAUACUGGAGGCUCCCUUAAAUAAGUUUAGACUUAACUCACCCUAUUUGGACAAGGUGGGGUGCUUAGACUUGUUGAUACUCAAAGUAGCCUCUAUAAUUGGAGACAUCUUUGACGUACAAACACUCAAUAAGAUACAACCAUUCAAGGAAGUCAUAUAAAAAGAAAAUUUGAUCAAGAUUUUAAAUAGCUUAGAAGAAUUGGAAAUCAUAGAAACCAUGGAACUUAAUGAUUUGAAUAAGUAUUACAGAUUUGCUAAACCAUUCCUAAGAGAAAUCAUCUACUAAAGAUUACUGUUUUCUUAAAGGAGAGAAUUACAUAAAUAUUAUGCACAAGCAUUAUAAGAGAUUCCAUCUUAGUUUGAGAUAGAUGAAAAAUUGGAGGCCCAAAGAUUAGAGCACACUUGGAUUCUGGCUGAAUAAAAGUGGAAUAGUUAAUCAAACCUGAAGCCAAGAGGGUUAGAAUUAUCUCAUAAAGCUAAAAGAUCUAUAAUAAUCAAAUCGAUAUAAACUAAAUUAAUAGCUAAAACUAACAAUAUCAAACUUGGUUUAUUGAAAAAGAAAUCAGAUAAGAAUGUCACUUGGGCAGAAAGAUAUUGUUUAAUGACUCAAAAAGAAUUAAAAUAUUAUUACAGUGAAUAAGACUAUCAUCGAUAACCAUAGAAUGCUUUGGCCACUAUUAUGCUUAGCAGUAUUUAUUAGAUUGUUCCACUUAAUGAUAAAGAAAAAGUUAAUUAAAAGUAUGCUUUUGAAAUUAGAACAGGUAAUUGGUUUAAAAGAUAAAAAUUAAUGCCAAGAAGAGACUUCUACUUUUCAGCAUCAAGCGAAGAACUAAUGGAAGAAUGGACUAUUUAUAUUGAAUUUAUGAGAGUCAAAGCCACUUAUGAUGAAUUUGUCAAUAAUUUUGGGAAAAUCUAAUUUCCAAUUGCCAACUUUAAAGAAUUCUAUGAUAUGAGUUUAGGAACUGAAAUGAAUAAUUAUUAGCAAAAGCAAAUAAAAAAUAAGAAUAAUAAAUCUAGUAUCAUUUAGCCUUAAAAAAGAAACACUGUCUUGUCGAUCAAUAGUUUUUUUAAAUAAUCUGUUGUUGAAAAUAAGCAGAAGUAAAAUAAAGAAGAACUUAAACUAUUAAUUUCUAAAUUUCUAAAAUAAAGCCAACUAUUACUAUUUACUCAUAUGUUUGAGAAUUCAAUACAAACCAAAAAUAGGAUUAUUUUGGGCUAAAAUACAAAGGCAAUGUUAAGCUUUGGAUAAUUCUUUAUUAAAACUGUAUCAGAAUAUUCAUAGUAAUAAUAAUAAGAGAAUGAGACUAUUUAAACUGAGGAAUCUCCUUAAACUAGACCUAGAGCAAGUUUGUUUAUUUCGGAGUAACUAAUGUUAGAGAAAUAAGCUGAGUCUAUAUCUGGAAGUAUUAGAAAUACAAAACGAAAAUAGACAACUGACUAGUAUUAUAAUAAGAGAUCAAAAAGUUCAGAACUUCUUGUUUAGUUAAAUGAAAAUUCAAAUUUGGAAUAAUAAUAAUAAAGUUGA